AUGCUGUCCCGCAAGGCCACGGCCGUCCUGCUGGUAGUGCACGCAGCCGCCAUGCUGGCCUCCCAGACAGAGGCCUUUGUUCCCAUCUUCACCUACGGCGAAGUCCAGAGGAUGCAGGAAAAGGAGAGGUACAAAGGGCAAAAGAAAUCCCUGAGUGUACAGCAGAGGUCAGAGGAGGUGGACCCCGCGGAGCCUUGGGAAGAAAAACAGGAAGUCAUUAAGCUGACUGCUCCUGUAGAAAUUGGAAUGAGGAUGAACUCCAGGCAGCUGGAAAAGUACCAGGCCACCCUGGAAGGGCUGCUGCGCGAGGUGCUGCCAUCCUCCCGGAACGCCCGGUGACAGGCCACUCAGGGGAGAAGGUGGACAGAACUUGGGUCCCCUCCCACCCAGAGAGGCCCCAGAAAUGUGCACGGCUCAUCCAUGGAUUUGGAAGGAAAACACCCUCUCCCAAAC